CUCUCUCUCUCUCUCUCUCUCUCUCUCUCUCUCUCUCUCUCUCUCUCUCUCUCAGCAGCUGCAUCAUCAUCUAACUGUCAUAUGUAUCAGAGUUCACCAGCAGUUACAUAUGUAUAAUCGUUCUUCUUUAAGUAAAGAACAUUAUCUUCAGUAAGAGUAUCAGAUGAAAAUUUUUAAAUAGAAUUUUUUUUCGCUUUUUAUUAUUUAUUUAUUUAUUUAUUUUUUACUAAGGCCCGUACCUGUACAAAAAAUAAAUUUUUGCGAUUAAAAAUUCCACUAAGAUUACAGAUGAUUAAAUCAUGAAAAGAGGAAAGAAUAUUGAUAUAAUAAGUAUUUGAAUCACCUUGUUGAAUUUAGAGCCUAAUAGCGAUAUAUCUUAAGGCGUGACGCAGCGACGUGACAUCACACACAAAAGCAGUGCCAAGUGAAAGUCGUGGAAACUCUCCCGCCUGCCGCCCUCACCUCCCCAUGGGGUCACAAUGCAAAAAGUUAGACCGCCACCCUUUCUGCCACACAUCUCUGCCCCUGCCAGACGUAAGAUUCUCGUAGUAGACUACAAUAUUCACUUGACAAUAUGUGUUAUCAUAGACCGUUUUGACAUCCUCUCAUAUGCCUUGGAAAUGGUUAAAGGUACAACUACAUCUUUUGUCAUAGGAGUAAUGUGGUAAUAAUAGCGUGUAUAGAUGUGUGUUUGGCAAGAGUAACAUCGCAACCCUUGGGUCAGAAUCACGUUCUUUUAGGAUGAUGGAGAAAAUGUCUGAGGGAAAUUAUAUAGUAAAUUGGCACUAGCCGCAUCGUGCUGAACUGGCAACUGUUUUAGCCUUUAUCCCGGCCCGCGCCCCGACUCAGUGAUCAACCCUCGUGUGUGUUGUGUUUGCCCCGCGCGCCCUUCACGUUACUGGCCGUUCCAUACUCAUUCCCGCCUUGCUGUGCACUGGUCACCCCCUGCAAGUCCCUCAUAGCACUACACCAGCCGAAGCCAUGAGGGACGCCGCGGCCGUCCCACGCACCACCUGAUUAACGUCCAGAGCAGUGAAACGAAGAUGAUAUUUGAGAAACAAAGAGACGAAGUGAAGGCCAGCUGAGAGGCAGGACGGCAGGAGCACUCCUUAAAGGGCCACUCUCCCUCAGUACCCAUGUCUCCCCACCACCCUGCCCUGAGCAUGCCCCGCGCCGACCGGAGGAAGUACGCAGGAGUGGGCGACAUCCUGCUGUCACAGUAGGCCGCCUCGAGUGAUGGCGUGCAGGCUGCGGGCGGUGGUGUGGGGCCUGGCGGGUCUCUGUGUGCUCACCUGCCUCGCCUCCGUCAGGUGGUUCUCCGACCCCUCCCCUUCCCCUAAUGUGGAGAGGGUGCCACUCAUGCCCACGCCCGCUGGCACUGCGGAUUAUCUUCAGCCGCCGGGAGUGGCCAAGGAGAUGAGGUGGCGGCGGGAGGCGGUGCAGGCGGCGUGCGCGGGGACAAGGGGCGAAUCUUUAAGUGACGCCGCUGCCAGACUCUCCUACGACCCCAAGACGCUCAUUAAUCUCCUCGUGGACGACAAGAAUCGGGUGCUAUAUUGUUACGUGCCUAAGGUUGCGUGUACAAACUGGAAGCGAGUGAUGUUGAUUCUGAGUGGUGCCUCCAAUCAGACAGACCCAAAGCUUAUCCCAGCAGACAGUGUGCAUCGAAAGCACGUGUUUAUCAAGCUAAGUGAUUUGAAGCCUAGUCAAAUCCAGCACCGUCUCCUCACCUACACCAAGUUCCUGUUUGUGCGUCACCCGGUCGAGCGCGUCAUCUCUGCCUUCAGGAACAAGUUUGAGAUGAACUACACCUCCUCUGCCUACUUCAAGAAGCGGUUCGGCGUCAAGAUCAUGAAGAAGUAUCGCAAGGGAGUGUCGCCGGAAAGCAUCCCGAGCAGUGGCAAUGGGGUUCACUUCCCAGAGUUUGUGUCUUACUUGAUUGACACCAAGAAGGAGCAGUUUAAUGAGCACUGGGCCCUUGUGUCCUCCCUGUGCAACCCCUGUGAUGUGAAGUACGACUACAUUGGGAAGUAUGAAACACUGGCUGAUGAUUCCAAAUACAUUCUGGAGCAGAUCGGAGCGCCCCCAUCUCUGCACUUCCCCGAGGUGGUGCCGUCCAAGACCAGUGCCGUGGUGGAGAGUUACUUCAACUCCCUCACUGCACAGCAACAGAGUGACCUGGUUAAGAUUUACCAGGACGACUUCCAAAUAUUUGACUACCACUUCAGGAACUUUAUUUAAGGUGCAGUGAAAAUGAGCAUUGUUUUGUGUGCGUGUGUGUUGAAGUGCCCCUAUAUGUGAUGAGUGAUUACCAUGUGUGUGAUAAGCUUGUUUAUUGUUUGUUUCUCAGUCUUUGUGUUUUUCAAGUUGAAGAGUUACCAAGGUAAUGAAACACAUGGAGAGUAAUGACUUGGCCCUGCGUUGUAAUGGGGGCACCACAACUCAAGCGGUGAAAAGCUGGAACCAAACACUUUUUUUAGGCAGAUGUGGGUAAAAAAAAAACAUACAGGUGUGGUGAGGAGUCAAGUAACAUUCUACGCUCACUUUCCCUGUGUCUGAUGUGCUCCCCUCAAAAAAAACCAGGCAUCCUUAAUAGGGUGUAGAGGAAGUUAUUGGGGGUUUUGAAAGACAUUUUUUGUUUUUAGUGACUGUCCAAUAAGCACUCUGCAUUUUUAGCAGGGUGUCUUGUAAGCACUCUGCAUUUUUAACAGGGUGUCUGUCUGUGUAUUUUUAACAGGAUGUCUGAUAAGCACUCUGCAUUUUUAACAGGGUGUCUGGUAAGGACUCUGUAUUUUAACAGGGUGUCUGGUAAGCACUCUGCAUUUUAACAGGGUGUCUGGUAAGCAGUGCAUUUUUAACAGGCUGUAGUGGAUGUUCUUGGGGGUUUUCAAGGAUGUUUUCAUGAUUCUAGUGAUAGUUUAUUAAGGAUUCUGAUCUGAUAAUCUCUUCAGAAAACCAGAGAAUUUAUAGAUUGCCAGAUCAGAGGAAUUAGGGAAGACAUAACAGAUCAGAGGAAUUAGAAAAACAGAGGAAUAAGACACAAUAAAUCAAAGGAAUUACAAAAGACAACAGAGGAAUAAGAAAAACACAAUAAAUCAGAGGAAUUAGGAAAGACAACAGAGGAAUAUGAAAGACACAACAAAUCAAAGGAAUUGGGAAAACAGAAGGAUAAGAAAGACAACAAAUCAGAGGAAUUUGGAAAGACAACAGAGGAAGAAGAAAGACACAAUAAAUCAGAUGAAUUAAGGAAAGACAACAGAGGAAGAAGAAAGACACAAUAAAUCAAAGGAAUUGGGAAAGACAACAGAAGAAUUAGGAAAGACAUGACAGAUAAGAGGAAUUAGGAAAGACAACAGAUCAGAGGAAAUAAGGAUGAAGAGAGACGCUAAAUAAAGUGGAAGUGAGUGCUGAAUAUUACUCAGCUUUUCCCCAUGACUGUACCAGGCAGACUCAGCAAUGGGAUAUGCUUGCUGGGGUUGCAUUGCUAGCUUGGUGCUCCUGUGGUCAUUGCCAUGCCAAGUGUCCGCCUCAAGACAGGACGGUGAUGGCUGGUGUAGCUUCCUGGGACAAGUGGCCUCAUAUAUUGAUAAACUAUGCAGGACUGUUGUUCCUCACCCUAUUUUUCUAGGGCAGAAUGUGAAUAAGAUGCAAAACAAACAUGUAAUUUUUGCUU